AUGGACGAAGAAGGUCGCGUCCUUAUGGUUCGCGAGCAGCGCCGCGAACUCAAGUGGAAGUUUCCUGGUGGCUCGGCUGAACCAAAUGAGGAUUUGCUUAAGACGGCUGAGAGAAAGGUUAAGCAAAAAACUGGAGUUGUCGCUGAAGGCGAAGCCAUCAUCUCUCUGGGAGACGAGGUCAACUCAAAGCCAAGACAUGAGUUCUUCGACCACCAUCGCAAUAUUUGGCUGGCCUACCUAGAAUCUCUGGAGGAUGUCGUUGGAGAAGAGUCGUAUGAAGCCACCAAGAGAGACGUCACUCCGAAGAUGUUCAAUUUUUCCUGUGAGCCUGUUCCAGCAGCCUUUCCGAGAACCGAAUGA